GCGCGCUCCUAGGACCCGACGGAGCUGGCAGGAGGGGUCUCGGCAACUUCCGCCGCCGCGUCGCUUCAGGGCUCGGCCGGCGGGUUCGCGCUGCUUCCGCCGCCGUGGAGGCGCCGGGUGGCGCGGAGCCGAGCAGGGGGCGCGCGGCGGCGUGGCCAUGGGACCGCGCCCGCUCUGGUGACAGCAGGGAGAUCAGCGGCCUGGGCCCUGAGCGCGUCUCCUGCGGGGGUCCUCGCCCUCCUGCUCGCGGGGCCGGGGCUCCUGCUGCCUUUGCUCGUGUUGCUGCUGGCGGCGGCGGCCAGGAUCAUGUCCGGCCGUCGCUGCGCCGGCGGAGGCGCGGCCUGCGCGAGCGCCGUGGCUGAGGCCGUGGAGCCGGCCGCCCGCGAACUAUUCGAGGCGUGCCGCAACGGGGACGUGGAGCGAGUGAAGAGGCUGGUGACGCCCGAGAAAGUGAACAGCCGCGACACGGCGGGCCGGAAGUCCACCCCGCUGCAUUUCGCCGCAGUGCUCCUACAACAUGGAGCCGAGCCAACCAUCCGAAAUACAGAUGGAAGGACAGCAUUGGAUUUAGCAGACCCAUCUGCCAAAGCAGUUCUGACAGGUGACUAUAAGAAAGAUGAACUCUUGGAAAGUGCCAGGAGUGGCAAUGAGGAAAAAAUGAUGGCUCUCCUCACACCAUUAAAUGUCAACUGCCAUGCAAGUGAUGGCAGAAAGUCCACUCCAUUGCACUUGGCAGCAGGAUACAACAGAGUAAAGAUUGUGCAGCUGUUAUUGCAACAUGGAGCAGAUGUCCAUGCUAAAGACAAAGGUGACCUGGUGCCAUUACACAAUGCCUGUUCUUAUGGACAUUAUGAAGUAACUGAGCUUCUGGUUAAGCAUGGUGCCUGUGUAAACGCAAUGGACUUGUGGCAGUUUACUCCUCUUCAUGAGGCAGCUUCUAAGAAUAGGGUUGAAGUGUGUUCUCUUCUCCUAAGUUACGGUGCAGAUCCAACAUUGCUGAAUUGUCACAAUAAAAGUGCUAUUGACCUAGCUCCUACACCGCAAUUAAAAGAGAGAUUAUCAUAUGAAUUUAAAGGCCACUCAUUGCUACAAGCUGCACGGGAAGCUGAUGUUACAAGAAUCAAAAAACAUCUUUCUCUGGAAAUGGUGAAUUUCAAACAUCCUCAAACGCACGAAACAGCAUUGCAUUGUGCUGCUGCAUCUCCAUAUCCCAAAAGAAAACAAAUAUGUGAACUGUUGCUAAGAAAAGGAGCAAACAUCAAUGAAAAGACUAAAGAAUUCCUGACUCCUCUGCAUGUGGCAUCUGAAAAAGCUCACAACGAUGUUGUUGAAGUAGUGGUGAGGCAUGAAGCAAAGGUUAAUGCUUUGGAUAGUCUUGGACAGACAUCUCUUCACAGAGCUGCACAUUGUGGUCAUCUGCAGACCUGCCGCCUGCUCCUGAGCUAUGGGUGUGAUCCUAACAUCAUAUCCCUUCAGGGCUUUACUGCGCUCCAGAUGGGUAAUGAGAAUGUGCAGCAACUUCUUCAAGAGGGUAUCUCCUUAGGUAACUCAGAAGCAGACAGACAGUUGCUGGAAGCUGCAAAGGCUGGUGAUGUAGAAACUGUAAAGAAACUGUGUACUGUUCAGAGUGUCAACUGUAGAGAUGUGGAAGGGCGACAGUCAACACCACUCCAUUUUGCAGCUGGAUAUAACAGAGUGUCUGUGGUGGAAUAUCUGCUGCAGCAUGGAGCUGAUGUGCAUGCUAAAGAUAAAGGAGGCCUUGUACCUUUGCACAAUGCAUGCUCUUAUGGACAUUAUGAAGUUGCAGAACUUCUUGUUAAGCAUGGAGCAGUAGUUAAUGUAGCGGAUUUAUGGAAAUUUACACCUUUACAUGAAGCUGCAGCAAAAGGAAAAUAUGAAAUAUGCAAACUUCUGCUCCAGCAUGGUGCAGACCCUACAAAGAAAAACAGAGACGGUAAUACGCCUUUAGAUCUUGUUAAAGAUGGAGAUACAGAUAUUCAAGAUCUACUUAGAGGAGAUGCAGCUUUGCUAGAUGCUGCCAAGAAGGGUUGUUUAGCCAGAGUGAAGAAGUUGUCCUCACCUGAUAAUGUAAAUUGCCGUGAUACCCAAGGCCGACAUUCUACACCUUUACAUUUGGCAGCUGGCUAUAAUAAUUUGGAAGUUGCAGAGUAUUUAUUGCAACAUGGAGCUGAUGUGAAUGCCCAAGACAAAGGAGGACUUAUUCCUUUACAUAAUGCAGCAUCAUAUGGGCAUGUAGACGUAGCAGCUUUACUAAUAAAGUACAAUGCAUGCGUCAAUGCCACAGACAAAUGGGCUUUCACACCGUUACAUGAAGCAGCCCAAAAGGGACGAACACAGCUUUGUGCUUUAUUGUUGGCCCACGGAGCUGAUCCUACUCUUAAAAAUCAAGAAGGACAAACACCUUUAGACUUAGUUUCAGCAGAUGAUGUCAGUGCACUCUUGACAGCAGCCAUGCCUCCUUCUGCUCUACCUUCCUGCUAUAAACCGCAAGUGCUCAAUGGUGUGAGAAGCCCAGGCACCACUUCAGACGCUCUGUCUUCAGGUCCAUCGAGCCCAUCAAGCCUCUCUGCAGCCAGCAGUCUUGACAACUUAUCAGGGAGCUUUUCUGAGCUGUCUUCAGUAGUUAGUUCAAGCGGAACAGAAGGAGCUUCCAGUUUGGAAAGAAAGGAAGAUCCAGGAGUAGAUUUUAGCAUAACUCAGUUCGUAAGGAAUCUUGGACUUGAGCACCUAAUGGAUAUAUUUGAGCGAGAACAGAUUACUUUGGAUGUGUUAGUUGAGAUGGGACACAAGGAGCUGAAAGAGAUUGGAAUCAAUGCUUACGGACAUCGACACAAACUAAUUAAAGGAGUUGAAAGACUUAUCUCUGGACAGCAAGGUCUUAAUCCAUAUUUAACUCUAAACAGCUCUGGUAGUGGAACAAUUCUCAUAGAUCUAUCUCCUGAUGAUAAAGAAUUUCAGUCUGUGGAGGAAGAGAUGCAGAGUACAGUCCGAGAGCACAGAGAUGGUGGCCAUGCAGGUGGAAUCUUCAACAGAUACAACAUUCUCAAGAUUCAGAAGGUUUGUAACAAGAAACUGUGGGAAAGAUACACGCACCGGAGAAAAGAAGUUUCUGAAGAAAACCACAACCAUGCCAAUGAGAGAAUGUUAUUUCAUGGGUCUCCUUUUGUGAAUGCAAUUAUCCAUAAGGGCUUUGAUGAAAGGCAUGCGUACAUCGGUGGCAUGUUUGGAGCUGGGAUUUAUUUUGCUGAAAAUUCUUCCAAAAGCAAUCAAUAUGUAUAUGGAAUUGGAGGCGGUACUGGGUGUCCCAUUCACAAAGACAGAUCUUGUUACAUUUGCCACAGGCAACUGCUUUUUUGCCGAGUAACCUUGGGAAAGUCUUUCCUGCAAUUCAGUGCAAUGAAAAUGGCACAUUCUCCUCCUGGCCAUCACUCAGUCACUGGUCGGCCCAGUGUAAAUGGCCUAGCAUUAGCAGAAUAUGUUAUUUACAGAGGAGAACAGGCUUAUCCUGAAUAUUUAAUAACUUACCAGAUUGUGAGACCUGAGGGGAUGGUUGAUGGAUAGCUUCUUGUUUAAGGAGAUGAAUUCCUUGGAAACUAAAAUUGCUGAAGCAGCCAGUGGCCUCUAGAUUUUACUCCUUGGCUGGAAAAAAUUUCAUCUUGACUACAGGCCUGUGGGAAAACGAUAAAAAUGUGAAAGAAGUUUAACAUUCUGACUUGAUGAAGCUUUAAUAAUGUACAGUGUUUUCUAAGUAUUUCCUGUUUUUCAGCACUUUAACAGAUGCCAUUCCAGGUUAAACUGGGUUUGUCUGUACUAAAUUAUAAACAGAAUUAACUUGAACCUUUUAUACGUUGUGCAUUGAUUCUAACAAAAACUGUAGCCCUCAACAGAAUCAUUUUACUAAUGCAGUACUGUGUUCUUUAAAACACAGCAUUUACACUGAAUACAAUUUCAUUUGUAAAACUGUAAAUAAGAGCUUUUGUACUAGCCCAAUAUUUAUUUACAUUGCUUUGUAAUAUAAAUUUGUUUUAGAACUGCAGCGGUUUACAAAGUAUUUUCAUAUGUAUUGCUCAUCUGUAUUUCAUCUUGAAUCAUUGACUGAGUGAUCUUUAUGUUUGAUUCCAGAGGCUGUGUUGAGUUGCUAAUGGAAACUUAAUGGGGAACAAUUGAUUUAUCAGGUUUAAUUUGCUGAUGGAAGCAUUUCUCUCUCAGUAGAAAUCUUCCUCAUUUAAAAUUUUUAUGAAUCUUCUGGGGCUUUAAUUUGUAACACCUUUGUAUGUGUGAAGCACACAUUCCAAAAAACUCUUAUCUGUGAUACAGUAGACACUGUUUGCUAAAGAAACUCCUUCACUGGCCUCAAACUCUGGGUUUUACUCAAGAGACGCUUCUAAUGUCAUUCUGAACAUCAGAGCAGUGCUCCUCUGAUUUUCAACAAGGCUAAUCCCACUCUCAACACUCUCAGUGUUCCCAUUCAUGGAAUGGAAAUAGCAAAUUAAAUUUCAGACAUGAGAAAGGGAAUCGUCGUUAAUUUCCCAGUCAGUUCUGAUAACCUGAAAUUUGAAAGGGGAGGGAGAUAACAAGUGGGAGUAGGUAGUUUUUUAUUUUCUUAUUUAUAUUUAUGGCCAAUCUGUCCAUCAUAGGUAAACACAACCCAGAAGCAUAAAUGUAAGUCUAUGAGUCUUCAGUGGCCUCCAAAAUAGGCAAGCACAAGGUGCUUCUGCCCCACUUGGAAAUAACACGGCCAACUUGUGUGCCACAUAGUGACCAGGCUGUGUUCAGUAUGGCAGCUGUGGAAGAAAUUACUUUCCCAUAAAAUGCCAUUCCUGACUUUUUUCUAAUAUAAAACUGCCUUUUCUAGGGAUCCUAUGCUCAAGCAUCAAGCAGAGGGCAGUCCAUUUCCUUGUUGACUUCAGUUCCCUCCAAAAUCAAGGAAAGAUUUUUAACCACAUAAGUUUUUGUAAAUAAAGAUAUUCCCCUUCAUUCUUUGUACCAAUUUACCUUUGUUUUAUAUUUUGGUUAAUCUCUAAAUUCACUGGUCCUUUACGAAAAUAUGUACAUAAAGUACUAGAAAGUCACGUUUGCUGUCCUAGGAGUUAAAUGCAUUUCUGGAAUUGUUUUUGUGAUGUAAAUUGUGAUCAUUAUUUAAGAGGUCAAAUCCUCCUGACCUGAACAUGCUUUUACACAGGUCUAUUAAUUACAGAUACCCUAAAAUCAUUUCUAGGAGCACAAAAGGAGUAUGCCAAAUGUCAUGUAAAUUUUUCGGGCUCUGUAAGCUUCUAGGUUUCAUAGUUAGAGUAUAAUGAAGUGAAAUUAAUUAAUGGGGUCUUUCUUUACAUACCUUUUCAACUCUUAGCCCAUGUUGCUCUAUGAGUGAGUCUGGAAUUGUUUUUCAUGUAAAAUCAUGGUCUAGUUUAUAGUGUUAGGAACUGUGUUUUUUUAUCUAAUCCAUUGCUUAGUUACUGUGUUGUUUUUCCAUUGUGGUUAAUAUGCUGGCAUGGCAGUGUUUUCAGGUAGCCUUUUGUUUAUUAGGAGCUUGGGGUUUGGUGGGAUUUUUUUUUUUUUUAAAGUGCUUUGCAUGAAAUAUCUUUAUAAUGAUGGAGUUACUCUUUCUUUUGCCUUGUGGGUUGGGGGGGUUGGUUUUUUGUUUGUUUUUUUAAGUGAAACUUAAUUUUGUGAGUAGUGCUCUUCUGCCCACCUUGAGUGUCACUUGUCCUGUAUCACAUUCCACACCCUCAUCUAAUUUCAUCUAAUUCCUAAUAAACUUUUCACUUGUUUUUCUGGGUAGCAUGGUAAUUACUGGAGUAAUCUAAAUAUGUUGAAUGGUCCUUGAGAAAAUGAACUGAGAUUACAGUAAACUGUAAUUGCAGAAAACAUUGUAGUUUUUGAGUCUGAUAAUGACAGGGUGCAGCUGAAACUGUAGAAUGUUGAAUGUUGUGACCACACUUAACAUUGAUUCAGAUGCUUUAAGAUGUGUUUGCACUUUCAGACCAUCCAGCAACAGCUUGGUAAAUCUUAAAAUUCAUUCAUGAAAGUCAGUCUACUUAUAUAAAGAGAAAUAUAUUUUUAUUUUCUAUGUCAUAAAAACAUUCUCAAUAAGUUUCUAAAUCUGUUAGUCAUAUUUUUUUCUCUUAAAAAAAUAGUAGUGUAUUUUCUAUUUCCAUAUCCUAAGUGGCUUGUGUGUGAUCAGUCCUCUACAUUCCACAAGAAAUGAAUGAUGGUCCGAGUGACUUUGCAAUGUAUUUCAGCAGCUUUAGUCCUGCUUCACUUCAGAGAAUCGUGCAAUGUUUGCUUGCUAUUCCUAAGCGUGCAUGCCAGUGUAUGAUGUGAUCCAACUGUUCGCAGCUUGAGGCAAGAAAACAAGCAAAUAAAUUUCCCAAAGCUCUUAA